CUUAGGAAUAACGAAAAGAAGCAACCAAGAGCAUGGCGAAAAGGUCUUGGGAGCUGUAAGCAAUGGAGAGGAGCCGGCGACAACGUCCAAACCCUUCUUCUUCUUCUUCUUCUUCGACGCGUCCCCAGACAUACAGAAGAUUCCCUUCAAAUCCCACCCAGAAUGCCAAAUCUCCAAACACAAACCGUCAUGCCCCUGGCUUUGUUAAACCCAGAAGAGCUGGUCAGGAAGACCAAGAAGUGGACGACCCUUUCAAUCUUCCCCCCUUAGUUGGCACUUGCCCCUUCAUGUGCCCAGUGGGUGAAAGGGCCCAACGUGAGCGUCUACGAGAUUUAGCCGUGUUUGAGAGGCUGGAUGGAAAUCCUAGAAAAACAUCUCCUGUUCUUGCUGUUAAAAAGUUUUGCAGAACUAUAUCCAUAAGAGAUGUGCAACCAUCAGAUUUGCGGCCUCUUCCGGUAUUGGAAGACGCGUUAGACUUCCUUUUAAGCUUGUUGGACUCUACAGAACAUCCUUUUCAAGUGGUUCAUGACUUCAUCUUCGAUAGGACAAGGUCAAUAAGGCAAGAUCUGAGCAUGCAGAAUAUUGUUAAUGAAAAAGCAAUCUACAUGUAUGAGAAAAUGGUUAAAUUUCAUGUCAUUUCUCUUCAUAAGCUUCGAAGCUGUAGUAGCGACCCAAAUAUUUCUUCCGUGCACUACCUUAACGUGGAGCAGCUUACGAAGGCUCUAACAUCUUUAUUUAAUCUGUACGAUGCAAAUCGAAGUUCCAAUUCUAUUUAUGAGAAUGAAGCUGAGUUCCAUUCAUUUUAUGUGCUUCUUCAUCUUGAUUCUAACAGCCAACCAACGGGAGAAUCACUUUCUUUGUGGUUUCGUCAUGUGCCCAUUCCAAUAAUCAAGUCAAAGGAAAUGUGUUUUGCCCGGAGAAUCUUGCGCUUUUUCCGAAUUGGAAAUUAUAAGCGUUUCCUUCUAACUGCUGCAGCUGAGGCAUCCUAUCAACAGUAUUGUAUCAUUGAACCUUAUAUCAGUGAGGUACGAGCACUGGCUUUGUCAUGUAUAAAUAAUGGUGGGUACAAGCUUCAUCCGUAUCCACUGGCACACCUAUGCAAACUCUUGAUGAUGAAGGAAUCAGAUUUGGUAUCAUUUUGCAAUGCUUGUGGUCUUGAAACGUGCACUGACGAAGUAGGAAAUAAGUUGUUACCCACCAAGCAAACAACUUUUUGUUGUCCCAAGGGAGGGUUUCAGAGCUGCAGCUUUUCCGGUUUGCAACCAUUGGAGAGAUAACUUGAAGAGCUUUCUUUUUUCUUGGUUGGGUUGAGCUUUCAGAGAACCAUCCUUCACUUCAUCCCUUUGGCUAGCCAUCAAGAUACUACUUCGACGUCUAUGUUGUGUUUGAUCUUUGAUGGCAUAAUUUAGCGAUACGAAAUUCUAUGAACCAUUGGAUAGCUUAAGUAUGCUUUGGUAUAUCUUCUUGUGGUCUAUAGAUUUAUGAGUAAUCCUAUAAGGAAGACCUACGUCUCUCUUGUAUCCUAAAAUUAAUGUGAUUUUUAAAAUGAUCAUUGUAUUAAAAUUCAAUACUGGUCUAUCACAAAUUUAAUGGUGAUGUAACAGAUUUAUUAUUUGUUUAGAAAUUUAGGGUUUAUAUUUCAGAAUUGUAAAAUGAAAUUGGAAUGGGAUUGAAUUGAUGAUGAAUUGAGGAGGGUAAUGGAAGAAAAGAUAGAUGAUGAAUCUGGAAAUGGAAUUAAAACUGAAUCAA